AAAAAUACAAUUGCAAACAGAGAUUUAAAACUGAACUAAAUAUAGGAUUUAGGGAUGAUUUUUAUUAUUUUCGUUUUCUUUCUAAAAAGACAGGACCAUUUUUUCUUGCCCUUUGAUCAGGAGCUGAACCUGAGCAACUCCAGUGACUGAUGAGCCUGAACCAGAACUGAGCCAUUUCCUGGCUUUCUUCCCUGUUUGCACGUAAUCUAAUUUUUAACCCAGGUCGCAGAACAGAGUUUUAAAGUUCGUAUAGUCAAGAUGCACGUGAAUAAGGACAGCAGUGAACGUGAGAACAAGCAGCUCAGAGAAGAUGAUGAAGAAGAGACUGUCAAGCACAAGGAGCUCAAACUGCGAAACUAUGAGCCUGAAGAUGAGGAGCUGAAGAAGAGGAAGGUGCCCCAGGCCAAACCAGCCUCAGUGGAAGACAAGGUGAAGGACCAGCUGGAGGCUGCCAAGCCGGAGCCCAUCAUCGACGAGGUGGAUCUGGCAAACCUGGCCCCAAGGAAGCCAGACUGGGAUUUGAAACGAGAUGUAGCCAAGAAACUGGAGAAGCUGGAGAAGAGGACGCAGAGAGCCAUCGCUGAAUUGAUACGAGAGCGGUUGAAAGGGCAGGAGGAGGAUCUGGCGUCCGCUGUCGGGUCAGCAAAGCAGGAGGGAAGCGACUCCGACUGAGGAGGUCCAUCUGGCAGCCUCGGGCGCGGGCUCUGCAGAUCUGCCUCUGCCAGCAGCGCCGAUCCCAUUGCUCUGGGGUCGAGGCACCUUGUUGGGAUGUGCUGCUCACCAGUGUUUUGCCAGAAGCCCACAAAUACUACCAUGCCUGAAGGAGAGGGGCACAUCCAAGGAGCCUGGCUAUCCUUUCUUGGACUAUGACUGGCCGUUGAGGAACACUUCGCAGACAGCUUUUUGGGACCACGGGGGACGAUGGAAACAGGACAGACGCCCACGUUAGCUUCAACCUAGGCUGCCAGGACUCAGAGCAAGGAAGAUGUGCGCAAAAGGGCUGGUGCCAGAGAAGGUAAAUUCAGGCUCACUCUCCACUUGCAAGAAGAUGCCCACGGAGCCAACAGCAUCCCUUAGGGAGGUAUAGCCAUUCAACAGGCCACCGAUGCUCUUGUUCUGGCACGGAGAUGCCUUUGUGAAGCUGCUUCUUUCUGCAGAACAGCUGGUGUAACUGCUGUGUGGGGAGCAGUGAGGUCUCUCACUCCGGAGAGCUGGCUGUGAGUAUUUGUGAGCACCCAUGGUCAGAUCCAGCACGUGCAGAAUAACUGCGGCAAGGGGCUGUGUGGCUCAGGACCUGUCCGAGCUGCUCCACUUCCAGUGGAGGUUCAUGUGGGGUUUGUUUUGUUCCCUGAAGUUUCCCAGCCCUCCAGGCUGUGCAGCAUGUAACACUCAUGUUUUAUAAUCGACGAAGUUUGUUGUUAACAGAUCUUUUCAUAAUAAAAGAGUCCUGCAGCAGAAGAGUUGUCACUUGUUCUGCAGAGGACUGGGAGGAGGCAGCUCA